AUGGCUGCGUCACUGAAAGGAAAGGAGAAGGCAGUAGCGGCACAUGAAGACACAGACGAGUCUCCUGUUACACAGACCCUGACGAGCUCGGAAGACGAGUUAGACGAGUCAGACUCAGAUACCAGCUCUAGCAAUGGCUCAGACUCCACCUCGGAGAGUGACUCGGACUCCUCAGAGAGCGAUUCAGAACAAGAGAUUACAGAAGAUUUCCUGAAUAAUCUGCUCGAGAAAGCCAGGCAAAAUGUAAGAGCACGGAAACAAGACGAGUCCGGCUCUUCUUUGCAGGAGACGCAGGAGGAGGAAGAGAUACGUCUUGAGGAUGACAGGAAAAAAGACGGACUACCGCUGCCCUCUCUGCAUACGGGUUCGCUCCCUUCGCCAUACAUUGUCUUGAGUGAUUCGAAGACGGCGGGCCCGUUAAGGAUUCGAGACGAUGAUGUAGAGCAUGCGGAGAAGGCGUCAUCCUCGCGCAUACUCCCUGCAGAGCCGGCGCCUCCCCCAGAGCUCUCGGAGAAAGGCAAACCGGUGACCAAAAAGGAGAAGAAAGAACUCAAGAAUAAGACUGCUGGCUCAGGAUGGUUUGAUCUCCCAGCACCCGCUGAGGCUGAUUUACCUCAUUUAUACCGUGAAGUGGAGGCUCUCCGACUACGCAACCAGCUAGAUCCCAAGCGCUUCUAUCGAAAGGAGGAAGGGGAAGGCAAGGGCAUCAAGGGUCUACCAAAACAUUUCGCUAUCGGAACUAUUGUAACGACUAAUUCACCAUUCGGAGCAGCCAGUGCGGACAACCUCGCCAAGACGGCUAGAAAACGAACAUUGAUUGACGAGCUAGUCGACGAUGCAGAGGCUAAAAGUUAUGCGAAAAAGAAAUUCAAGGAGCUGCAGACAGUGCGAGGAGCGAAGGGUCGGGGGACGCUCGCGCAGAAAAAGGCGAUGCGGAGACCCAAGUGGUAG